AUGAUGAAUAUCCUCAACACUCUCUUGUUGGGACUAUUACUAUUACACGUUGCCUUGCCAGCAACUGCUAUAUAUGAAAACCAAGCUGGAUUAUUCGAUUGGCAUCAUACCUGGGUUGGCCAUCCCCGUGAAGCUGUAAAGCUGGAUAAUAAUCACAUUGCAGUGUAUUCUGAAAGAAACAUCAUUGCCUCUCUCAACACGCACACCGGCGCAGUUGAAUGGAGACAGGUGCUUGAUAAUCAGUUGGACCAUUUUGCAGCAACAGAAGCAGGCAUUCUCACUAUUUCGAGCAACCCUGAACGUGCACAAUUUUGGAACAAUACAAACGGCCAAUUGAUAUGGGAGCAAACACCCGCAGAGAACGAGGGUUAUGGCAACACCAAGCCUAUUGUAUGGGAUAAUGGAGAUGUUGCUGUAUUUGUGGAUAGAACAAAGCUUAUUAGACUAUCGAAAGAUGGCAAGGAAUUGUGGACCUGGACUAGAGAAGCCAACGAAGCUCAAGUAUUUGAAAGACUGAGAGCCUUUGAGAGAGGCGAUUUGAUCUAUGUUGUAGUUGAACCCAACGAUGAUAGCAGAUCACCAUUCUUCCUCAUCAAUGUGAUUUAUGCAACAACUGGAGAGACCUCUUCCACAUUUAAGAUCCCAUGCGGCGCCAAUUAUGAAGACGUAACCUACACUGGUGACUAUUUGCUUUGGACAGAGGAAGAUGUUUUGAAAUGGACACCCAUCAACAAGAAGGAUAUUUCGAGUGUCUCCAUCAAAUCACUUGUCAAAUCACUUCCUACCGCAGACAAGUUUGUGCCUAGCAAGAUCAGCCUUUUCGGUGGUGAUGAUGCCCAGCUUGGUUCAUUCAUCCUCUCUACAGAGUUUGAAGAUGACGAGGAGACGUUAUUCUCAGCAUCUGUGCUUGUUGAUAUCCAAGAAAAGACACUGAAAUUGAGCGAGUACUAUGGAGAAUACACUGCCUACGGAGGCGCUGACUUCUUCAAGCAAUCUACUAUCCGUGCCGUCAAAUCAGGACCUCAAGAAUUAAAGGUGCAAGCUGUGCCUGAAGGAAAAGAAUUCAAGAUCAAGCACGAUUUCUCACUGAGCGGCGACAUCAACUAUAUCAAAUUGAUCAGCAUGGAUCCCUUCCGUCUGUUUGUGGUUACUGAUGGGUCUUCUGUCUUUUUGUACAACGAAUCCUCCAUUGUAUGGUCUCGGGAAGAAGCAUUGAGUGGUAUCGCAGCCUCUGAAUUUUUGGAUCUUCCUGAACAAAAGAUGUGGACACAAAUGGCUGAUGAACUCGAUGAAACUGUAUCUGAACAAGCUGCCGAAAGCCCCCUUUCCCGCUAUAUUCGUAGACUCAGCACACACACAUUAGAGCUUCGUCGCUUGCCCAACUGGAUCGUCUCUCACUUUGUCGGCAUGUCUAGCUCUACUUUGAAGGACGCAAACAACAAGGUUACUAAUUUGGAAGCUCAAUCUUGCUGGUUGAAUGAGACAGAGCCCGAGGUUCUGUACCGUGAUAACUUUGGUCUGCGCAAGCUGUUGAUCUCUGUCACCAACAGUGGCAAGAUCAUUGCGCAAGAUACAUCUCGUAACGGUAAAAUUGUGUGGAGUCGCUAUGUAGACGCCUUUUCCUUUACCCAACUUCAUGUGGUCCGCGCUGCUGCUGUCAAGUUGCCUCCUGUCAUUGUCGCUGUGGGCAAUACAUACGAUGAAAUGGGCGGACAAGCUGUUGGUUUUGUUCGUCUGAAUGCCUUGACUGGUGAAAACUACAUUACUGCCAUCCCUGAGAUUGCUGAUUUCUUUGAGCCUGUCGUUGCUACCAACAUUGGUGUGGAUAAGGUCAUGCGCUUACCCAUCGAAGAUCCUGAUGAGCGUACUCAUAUCUUGGCCAUCUACGAAGCUGGAUCUGGCCGUGUCUACAUUUACCCUGAUACCAUGGCUUCUCAGCAAAAGUUUGUCUCUGAAUUCUUGCCCACCUUCUACUUCUCGACUCAAAAUGCGGAUGGUAACAUGCAGGGAUUCAAGGUAGUUGAAGGCUACAGAGGAAGUCUCAAGGUGGAGCCUGUCUGGAAGUUCAACUUGCCUCAAGAUGAAAAGACGGUUGCUUUGAGCCACAAGCAGCCCAACGAAAAGGUCGCUUCUCUUGGACGUGCUUUGGGCAAUCGUAAUGUCCUCUACAAGUAUUUGAACCCUCACAUGUUUGCUUUGAUUACCAAAAACACCGAAAAGAAACUGAUCAAGAUCCGCAUCAUGGAUUCCGUCAAGGGUUCCAUCUUGUAUGAAACUGUCCACGAAAACGUCGAUGUAGAGCACAAUGAUGUUCAUGUCAUUCAAUCCGAGAAUUGGUUUGUCUAUCACUUUUGGAGCAACGACGCCAAGGCAAGAGGCUAUCAAACAGCUGUAUUGGAGUUGUUUGAAGGCGAGCAUGAGAAUGAGCGUGUUGAAAGAGCCAACUUUUCAUCAUUUGAUAACAUUGAACCCCAUGUGCUCUCAUCUGCAUUCGCCUUCCCUUACCCUGUCACCACCAUGGGCGUUACCAUCACUCGCAAUGGCAUUUCCACCAAAGACAUCCUUUUCGGCCUCCCUACGCAUCAAAUCAUGGGCGUCAACAAGAGACUCUUUGAUCCUCGUAGACCCAAAGACAAGCCAACCAAGGAAGAUCAAGAGGAGCAACUCUUCCCUUAUAGCCCCAUUCCUGAUGAGAAGCGUCUUUUCUUGACUUAUGGCUUAGAUGUAGCCGGUGUCAAAUCCAUCAUCACGAGCCCAUCCUUGCUGGAAUCAACUGCACUUGUGUUUGCUUAUGGCAUUGACUCCUUCUUUACCAGAUCGUCCCCCAGCAAGCAAUUUGAUGUGCUGUCUGAAGAUUUUUCCAAAUUCCAGCUAUUAUUGACCAUCACUGGCCUGGUUGUUGGUAUUUGGGUUACUGGGCCUAUGGUUCGCAGAAAACGUGUCAAUGCUUUAUGGAAGUAA